AGGCGCGCCACCCAUGCUGGUUCGUGGUACACGGACGAUGGAAAUGAGCUGGACCAAGAAUUAUCUGAAUGGCUCGAAGCUGUGAGGCCCGCCGAAGACGAGCAUUUCUCGCCUCCCAUCAAGGGAUGCAAGGCGAUCAUAGCACCUCAUGCAGGUUACUCCUACUCUGGGCCGACAGCAGCAUGGGCAUACAAGAGCAUUGAUGUCACUGGAAUCAAGCGCGUCUUCAUCCUCGGACCUUCCCAUCACGUCUAUCUCGACGGAUGUGCGCUGUCCAAGUGCAAGGAGUAUGAAACGCCCAUCGGAAACCUGCCGCUGGAUUUGUCAACUAUCCAGGAACUCAGGGCCACCGGGCACUUCAGUGAUAUGAGUCUGGACACAGAUGAAGAUGAGCAUAGCAUUGAAAUGCAUAUCCCUUAUGUUCGGAAGGUAUUUGAGGGAAUGGAUAUCACAAUCGUUCCAAUCCUCGUUGGGGCUAUCAAUAAAGACAAAGAAGCAUCGUAUGGAAGUCUGCUGGCGCCGUACCUCGCAAGAGAUGAUACCUUCUGCGUGGUUUCCAGUGACUUCUGUCAUUGGGGAACCCGUUUCUCGUAUACCUUUUACUAUCCCGAACCCCCUCCGACCGAGAGGCCAGGAGUUCGAUUGUCUCGGAAUGGCCCAUCGCCGGAUACGCUGUCUACGCAUCCUAUCCAUGCGUCAAUCUCAGCGUUGGACCAUGAAGCCAUAUCUCUUUUGACCAUACCCCCGGGUACGGCUGGCGAAGCUCAUACCGCUUUUGCAGCGUAUCUUGCCAAGACCAAGAAUACGAUAUGCGGCCGUCAUCCGAUAGGAGUCCUGCUAGGCUCACUCACCGCUUUGGAGAAGGAAGGACGUCAACCCACAAUCAAAUGGGUGAGAUACGCACAGAGCAGCAAAUGUUACAAUAUUCAUGAUUCCAGUGUGAGUUACGCGAGCGCGUACGUU